AUGUGGAAAGCCAUCGUCUCAGCAAGCCAGCAAGCCACUCGAACCAGCCGGAUUCAGUUCUCAAAAACCAUCACCCAAUCCCUCGCCACCCCAACAGCGACAAGAACGCCCUUCAGCACAACCCCACUCCACCAGAUCGAAGAUGGCCAGGGUUCGCUCGACCGUGAAACCUUGAGCCCGGAGCGCUCAGAGACUGCCAAAUCUGGUACGGACAGCGAGGUUGCCAAGCACCCCUCUGCAUUCGACCCAAAGAAUACAGCACCCGAGAGCGAGCUCGCGGCUACUGAAGAGGAAAGCAAGCAAGAAGGCAAGAAGGGAAGCCCUCUAAAUAUGAGUCCGGCCAAUAAGGAAGCUAGUGCUUGGAGGCGCCAGGCCGAUGACGGGCCUGAUCGAAAUCGGGAUCGAGGGGCUUCUAGCUCUCGUGGGGUGUCGAAGAAGGGUCGUGGUAUUCAUGUGAAGGAGGAUGGGACUCAUGUUUCGUAUCGGGAUUGA